GGAACAUGUUUGCGUCGUGCGUAUCAAAACAAUAAAUCGCUGCGAAGGAUUUUGGAAGAAAAUUUAAGGAUUUUAAUAUGGCCUCCAAAAAAUGGAGUUCGGAGUAUAAAGCGAAGAAACUUCGACUUAGAAACAAGCAAUAUUACAUUGAAAAAUGCCGAAGAAAACGUGAACUACAAAACCAUUCAGAUGAUAUGGUUAAUCCAACGUUAUUAAAAAAAGAACAAGUGAAAACGCACACUGAAACGUGUGUUAGUACUGCGAGUUUUGAAAAAAGCCGUAUCGAUAAACCGUCAGAUGAUAUGACUAAAACAACUAUAUCGAAAAAUGAACAGAUCAACAAAAUUCGUAACGACGCAAAAAAUCGAGAAAAACAUAGAAUCAUGAAAGCAAAAUAUAUGGCAAAAUAUCGAUCUGAAAAUAGAGAAUACCGCGAACGAAACCGAGUAAACAAUAGACUCCGAAUGCGAAAAAAAAGAUUAGCCGAACAAUUUUUGAAAUGUGAAAUCCUCCAUAUAGGAUUGAACGACAUAAAUAAUGGGGAAAACUGUGUACUGAUCGAAGACGCUGAGGAAUCAGUUGCAAACGUCACAGAAAACAGCGCCAACUCGAAAGAAGCUUAUGAACCUGAUGACGGAUCAAACGAUUCCAUUUCAGAAAAUCUCAUAAAAUCACCCAUAGUUGGUACGGAAAAAUUGAAAAAUGUAAACGUUUCGAAUGAAAUUUUGUUUAUCGAUGUCGAAUCGAUAGUUGUCGAUGCCGUUUUGCCCGAUGAGCAGGAAGCUGGUGUGAAACGGAUAUGUCCAUUGGACGAAGAUUCUGAUGAAAAUUCACCGAAAAAGCUUCGGCUUUCGGAUGAAGUCCAAAGGCAAACACCUGAAAAUGUGUUUGAUUCAAACGAACCUAUCAGAAUCGAUUUAUAUCCAAAACCGCAAACUUCGGAACGAUUCAAACCUGUUAGUUUAGAUUUCCUAAAAAGGUUCCGAAAGCCUCUGGAACAAAUGAACCGAUUCGAUUUGGAAGAAUUUGUAUUGCAAAAAGUUGUGGAAGCAAUAGCUUUCAAAUCGACCUUUGCGCAAAUGCAUUGUCAGCUGUAUUCGCAGGACGCAUUACUCCAGGACUUUCGCCAGAAGGUGCAUGAUCUGAAUGAACAAAUAGAACAUUUGGAAACAACCCAAGAGCGCACGGUGCAAGACUUGAAAAGCAGGAAUCAGCACUUGCGAGCACUGGUCAAAACUUUACGUAAAAAUACGCAUUCACCUAGAAAUGCCUCUGAAGCACAAACAGCUUCGACUCAAACGGAACCGUCUCCUAGUAAAGAUUCUUCUCAAGAUUUUGACCAAAAGAAGAGGUCUCAGAUCGAUACUACGAAAACGACAACUAAUGAAUCGAAUUCCGAUCAACCUCGUAAUCCACCUUCCAUCAAAAAGAUAACUACUUAUGAAACAGCAACUACCCCAACUAACGAAAGCAUCGGUUCACUGCCAUCGUCAUUAACUGACAACCGUACACAACAACCAAAACUAUCCGCACAAAAUUCUCAGCAGCAACAACCACUAGAGAAAACAGGAAAGAAACAUACUAUCCCUAUACGUGUACUUCAAUGGUUGACCAAACAGAGACUAAAGAAGCAGCGGACUCGGUCUAUUCAAGAGCAGCUUUCGAGACAAGAGCUACAGGAACUGCCAACCUCUAGAAGUGGUUCUGAAUCUGUCCCAGAAAGCCCCUUGGCGGAAUCAACUGAAGGUUCAUCUCUUACCCAAAAUCCAGAACCGAUGCAGUGUUUGGAAGGAAGCGCAUCUAUUCAAGAGCAGCUUUCGAGACAAGAGCUCCAGGAACUGCCAACCUCUAGAAGUGCUGAAUCUGUCCCAGAAAGCUCCUUCGCGCAAUCAACUGAAGGUUCUUCUCUUAUCCAAAAUCCAGAACCGAUGCCGUGUUUGGAAGGAAGCGCAUCUGGUCACGUGUCUCCUACUAUUGUGAAAAAUAUUGUAGCUCCGAUUGCCGAAUUACCUGAUGAGCCUAAUCAGGAAGCAGGCACUGUCGAUAAUUUCUCAACCGAUUCGGUCGAUGACCCUAAACAACAGUCAACACCAGUGCAGACUGCCGUAGUUCCCAAACCGAGGAUUACGAACGAGCCAACAAUACCUCAACCGCGCUUGGUUAAUAUCAAUUUGAUGACCCGAGCACCGCUAAGAGAUCGUGCAACAAUAGAUAAUAGUUUGCCUACUGAAGCUCUUCCAUUGCAGUGGACGAACGUCACUAAUGGUUCUAGUCGCGGUUUAGGUAAUGGCCAAAAAGGCUUUGACGAUAGUGACGCCAACACUGAAAUCUUUCAAUUGCAGCAGCAAAUUAUCACCUAUCGGCAUCCUGCCCCGUUGCCCCGAACGACUUCAACCGACGUAUUCGACCCUGCAUGGGGACUACCUCCACCAAGACCAUCUAUCCUUAUUGAUAUCAUCGCAACGGGCCUGUUACUCUCCUGGACCAUGAACGAUCUAUCGGUCGGCCACGCCACUGUAGUAAGCUACCAGAUAUACAUUUAUCAGGAAACGGUGGCAGUACCCGCAGUGGGCAUGUGGCGGCACAUGGCCGACGUAGAAGCCAUAUCGCUGCCGAUGAUUGUUGCCUUGACAGAGUUCCAGAAGGGCCAACGGUAUUACUUUGCAGUGCGGGCAGUCGACGAGCACAAGCGCCCGGGCCAAUUCAGUCGACCACGGACAAGACAGCUGCCAGCAAAGCUUCGAUUAGCAUUUAUGGUUCAUUAUGGCCGAGCGUGUAUGGAGGAGAAAAACAUCGCACAAAAACAUAAACAAAGCCAAGCGGCCGGCCGCCCGCUGGCCGCAGAGCAAAAGAACAAAACUAAACGAAAAGUACCGUUCGACGGCCAGUUGGAGAUGGAACAUUCGUGUGUACGGUGUGGUUAA